AUGUAUUUAUGGAAAUUUUGUUUAAUACUUGUCCAUUUGGUAGUAUCCAUAGCUGCAAGAGCGCAAGGGGAUUUAUAUAAAUCAGAUGAUAAUAUAUAUGAGUUAUCACCAUCUAAUUUUGAUAAAGUUGUUCAAAAGACAAAUUAUACGUCCAUAGUCAAAUUUUACGCUCCAUGGUGUGGUUAUUGUAAACAACUAGAACCUGCUUAUCAUAAAUUGGCUAAGUUGAUACAUAACGACGGUCAAUAUGCUAUAAACGUUGCUAGUGUCAAUUGUGAUGAAGAUAAAAAUAAAGAACUUUGUGCCAGGUAUAAAAUCAGCGGCUUUCCUACGUUAAUGGUAUUUAGACCACCAAAGUACGACUCAAAGAAGAAGAGUAGAGUAUAUAGCCAUGCAGUUGAGCCGUAUAAUGGAGAAAGAUCGUUGAAAUCAAUGUAUACAUUCUUGACGUCUAGAAUCAAGAAUUAUGUUAAGAAAUUUCCAAACUUGCAAUCAGAGGGGUUAAAGGAUUGGUUGUUGGAUAAUAAAGAAAAUAAUAAGGUUUUGCUUUUAACAGAAUCAAAACAAAUUAGUCCCUUAUACAAAUCUUUGGCUAUUGAUUUCAUUAAUACAUUGAAAUUCGGAAUGGUUACUGUCAAAUCACCCGAAGAUGUAAAUAAUUUUAAAAUUGAAAUAAAUGGUAAAGAAAUCAUUUCACCCAUCGGCCCAGACGAUAGAUUACCAAUCUUGCUUAAUUUUGAUGAGACUACCCAGGAGUUUUCUAAGUAUAAAUCCGAAAAGCUUAGCGACAAGGUGAAAAUUAGUGAAUGGUUAAUAGAAUCUAACAAUAUUCAACCUUUAGAAGGCAUAUUAUCGAAAAAAGACAAAAAGUACUACUCCAAUUAUAGAAAAGGUAAAAAGGCCAAGAAAGUAGUCCAUGAUGAAUUAUAA